CUCCUAGUCUUCUAACCAAGUAGACUAACAUAUCCCUCCUCACUGUUUUCUUUCAAUCUUACUCACUUUCACAGUUUCACUCUUCUUCUCUCUUUUCGCAGUAACCAUGUCGGAAAGCGAAUUAGCUGCAAAACUACGUGCAAUUACUCAUGAACGAUAUCGAGAGAAGGCUCAGAAGCACGCACUUGAAGAAAAGAUUUUAGAGUUGGAAGCCAUGAAUAGCACUUUUAUACAUGAUUUGCAAAGAGUCAAGGAAGAGAAGGAGUCUAUUAUCAGUGAUCGAGAUGCGCUGGAGGAUGAGAAACAUGAACUGCAGAAGAGAGUUUGCGACGUGGGAGCCAAGAUUGCCAUUCUGGACGAUCAACUAAAAAGAGAGAAGGAUGAAAAGAAUUCUGUCAUCAUCGAACUAGACGGAGAGAAAGCUGCGCAUGAAGCUCUGAAGAAGAGAGUUUCAGAGUUGGAAGCCACCAAUGCCACUCUAAACGACAAGCUGCGACGUCUGGAAGAACAGGAAGCUGCGAAACAAGCAAUUGUCGAAGUUUUGAACGCAGAAGCCACGAGUUCAACUUUAAAAGUUGAUUUGCAUAUAGAGAAGGAUGAGACGACGUCUAUUAUUCACGAUACGGAGCAAGCGGAAGCUGAGAAGAAGGCUCUGGAGAAGAAAGUUGCAGACUUGGAAGCCACAAACGCUGCCCUUAAUGAUGAACUGCAAAAACUGAAGAAUGAUAAAGACGCUCUACUUAAAAAUUUGGAUGGACAUGGAGCUGAUAAACAAGCCUCAGAGGAGACGGAAAUUUCUGACUUGGAAGCCUCGAAAACUCCCAACGAGAAAGAGAAGGAUGAUAAGAAGUUGAUUAUGAAUGACCGGGAUCGAUUGGAGGCUGAGAAGCAAGCUCUAGAGAAGAGAGUUUCGGAGUUGGAAGCCGCCAAAGCCACUCUUAACGAUGAUUUGCAAAGAGAGAAAAAUGAUAUGAACGAUUUCAUCAAGUAUAUGGAGAGCCAAGAAGCUGAGAAAGAAGCCCUGGAGAAGAAAGUUUCGGACUUGGAAGCUGCCAAUGCUAUUCUUAAUGAUGAACUGAAAAGAGAGAAAGAUGAGAAGAACGCUAUCGUUACUGAUUCCGUUGGAGCAGAAGCUGGGAAACAAGCAACCACUGAACUUUCGAGCUCAGAAUCCACGAGUUCAAGUUUAAAAGUUGAUGUGCAUAUAGAGAAGGUUGAUGACAAAGAAGUUCUUGAGAAAAGAAUUGCUGAAUUGCAAGCACUUAACGCCACGCUUAAAGAGGAACUGCAAAAAGAGAAGGAUGCUAAAAGCGCUGCUCUCGUCAAAGAUCAGGAAGCAUGCAAAGAUGAGAAGACAGUUCCCGACUUGCAAGCAACGAGUGAUGCCGCUGUUAACAACGAACUUCAGAAAGAAAAGGAUGAUAAGAAUUCCAUUAUGAAUGAUUUGGAUCGAGUGAAAGCUGAGAAACAAGUUCUGGAGAAAAAGGUUUCUGACUUGGAAACCAAGUAUGCCGCUCUUAACAGCGAACUUCUGAAAAAGGAGGAGGAUAAGAAGGCCAUCCUCAAUGACAAGGAUGGACAUGCGGCUGAGAAACAAGCUCUGGAGAAGAUAGUUUCUGAUUUGGAAGCCACAAAAAUCAGUCUUAACGUGGAAAUGCAUGAAGAGAAGAAUGAUAAUGGGACUCCCAUCAGCGAGGAAGCUGAGAAACAAACUCUAAAGAAGAAAAUUUCCGAUUUAGAGGCAACAAUUUCCAGCCUAGAGGACAAGGCAAAGCAGUUAACGGAAGAUAUCAAUAUAUGGUUAGAUGAAAUAUCUGAACUACAGGAAGAGGUGAACCAGGAGAACAAGGCUAAGCAAGCCCUUGAGAAAAAGGUUGCUGAGUUGACAUCAAAACUUGAAAAAUGUACAUGUGGUGCUGCAGAAGAAUCACCAAUGACCGAUAAAAAAGAACAAAAAGAACCGUGGAUGAACGAUUCUACGGUUCCUUCGAAUUGGGUUCCUUACGAGGAACUUGUUCAAGCGUUUUCGAGGAGCAGUCCUUUGUCUAUGACUAAAGCAUGUGAAUGUGACUCCGCAGGCUUGAGUGAAGAUAGUACAACCAACAUUCAAGUGCAUUACUUCUAUCGAGGAUCGUUAAGGGGGCGUCCUUAUCCUGUCAUCGUUGUUAAAGUUGAAGAAUUGAUCCCCAACAAAGAGAAAGCAAGGUUCGAUCCAAGUGUUUGGGGUUUGUUUAACAAUGCAGGAACUUGUUAUGCAGCCAGAAAGCCAUUUGAGUCUGAAAUGUAGGUCGUUGUCCGCAAUACAUCGAGAUUUACCCAUCUGUUCAUGUUGUGCAGUGGCCUAUUGUAGUCUCCAGUGAGAGUCAUUUUUUUCUGGUUUGUUUGCUUUGAAUUUUUUUUUUUUUUUUUUGUUUGUUUGUCAAGCUUUGGAUAUAUGUCAAUGUACUUUUUGUGUUAAGUGUUUUUUA